AUGGGAAAUUACCAAGCUAUUGUAGUGUAAAUUUGUGAGUAUUAAUAUUACAUUGUGAGUAUAUGAUUACAUUCUUUAAUAAUUGAUAUGAAAUUGAAUUCAAAAUACAGAAUUCAUUAUAUUGUGCAGUUAAUCGUUUCUAGAAAUGUAUUAUGUGUAUAUAGAAUGUAUGUUUAUAGCAAACAGUGUUUACAUUGUCAACCAUUUUGGAGAGUGACUUUUAAUGCAUUUCAUAUGGAAUAUGAUGAUCAAGAUACUUUCAAGAUGAAUGAAAGUGAGUCUAUUUAUGGAACUACAUUGUCCCAAGAGUCGAUAAAGGUAAUUGCAGAAAGUAUAGGUGUUGGAAAUUUCCCGGAUGAGGCUGCAAAAGAUCUUGCCGAGGAUGUAAGUUACAGACUGAAGGAAAUCAUACAGGAUGCCGCCAAAUUUAUGAGGCAUGGUAAACGUCAACGAAUGACAACACACGAUAUAGAUUAUGCCUUGAAAAUAAAAAAUAUUGAACCCACGUAUGGAUUUUUUGCCAAGGAUCAUAUACCAUUUCGUUUUGCCUCUGGCGGUGGCCGUGAAUUACAUUUUGUAGAAGAAAAGGAAAUUGAUCUUAACGAGGUUAUAUCAAUGUCCGGUGGACAAACAUGGCCUAAAUUACCUUUAGAAAUUACACUACGGGCUCAUUGGCUUUGUAUAGAUGGGGUUCAGCCUACAAUACCAGAAAACCCUCCUCCUGUUUCUAAAGAUGUUCAAAAACUGGAAAGUGUUGAUCCAACAAGUAAGCUUACAAACAAGAGUCAAAACAUUGGUGUUGGUAAACCAGGUGGUGGUGGUAAAAGUCAAAAACUACGUAAUGUGGAAACAGUUCAUGUUAAACAAUUAGCCACCCAUGAACUGAGCGUUGAACAACAAUUAUACUAUAAAGAAAUUACCGAAGCGUGUGUUGGUUCUGAUGAAGCACGCAGAGCGGAAGCAUUGCAAUCCCUUUCAGCUGAUCCUGGUUUACACGAAAUGUUAGCACGAAUGUGUACUUUUAUUGCAGAAGGUGUACGUGUUAAUGUAGUACAAAACCAUCUUGCUCUUCUAAUUUAUCUAAUGCGAAUGGUUAAAGCUCUUUUGGACAAUCCCAGUCUUUAUUUAGAAAAAUAUUUACAUGAAUUAAUACCAUCGAUCGCAACAUGUAUAGUUUCACGCCAGUUGUGUAUGAGACCAGAAGUGGACAAUCACUGGGCGCUUCGUGAUUUUGCAUCACGCCUUAUGGCCCAAAUUUGCAAAAAUUUUAAUACCUCUACUAAUAAUGUACAAACUAGAGUAACUAGAAUGUUUAGUCAGGCUUUGGCAAAAAAUAAUCAGACUCCACUGGCGUCACUUUAUGGAGCAAUCGAAGGACUUUGUGAGUUAGGUCCAGAAGUAAUUAAAGCAUUAGUUAUUCCUAAAAUUAAGUCUAUUUCCGAACGUAUUGAAUCAUGUAUCGAAGGACCAGGUCUAUCAAGUGUGGAUAAAAAUGGAGCAGGUCAUAUAAAGACUUUACUUGUGAAAUCAGUGGCUCCUGUUUUAAAAACCAUACGAUCUCCACCAGAUUAUGUAGAAGAUUAUAAACAGGAUUAUGGUUAUAUAGGUCCUGCAUUAUGCGCAGCUGUUGUAAAAGCUCGUACACAGCCAGUAACAUUAGCAACAACUGCAUCCACAACUACGGCUUUAACAACAAGUCAACAAGGUCCUACGUGUACUGGAAAAACCAUUGUACAAGCUGUAACAAGCUCUAGUCCUGGGCAACAAACUGGACGUACUAUUAUGCUUGGUACAAGUAGAACCGCUGGCGGAACUACUGCAGCUGGAGGACAAAAAUUCGUUAUCUUGCAAUCCCGUUCUCAAACACCAACCGCUACAAAUAUUAAUGCUAACGCAAUACAACAACAGCCUCAGCAACAGCAGCAACAACAGUCGCAACAACAAGUUAAAAUAGCUCAAACCAAUGUCACUCAGCAAAAAACACACAUACAAAGCAAUGCGCCGAAAUUGGUGGUUGUUUGUAUGUCCAGUGGUAGUCACAGUACUACUACAGUAACUCAGGUACAACAUUGAGAUCAGUACCAUUGAAAAGUAAUUAAUUCAAUCAUUAAUUGUGAAAAUUAUUUGUGAUAGGGAAAUAUAGCAACAAAAGCACAGAACGUUUUUGUUGCCCAACAAAAUGUUGAAUGUUCGUUGAGUCCAGAAGAGGAGCACUCUUUUCAGUAAGAUUGGGAAGAUCCAUUUAAAACUCAACUUUGUACAAAAAUUUUUAAUGUUAAUAUAUUUUAUAAGAAAAUAAAGAUUUUUUAUGAACAUUAAAGAGAUAUACACGUAUAUUUCGGUUGCACUUCUGAAAAUUCCCAGGUCCCGAAAUUGGCUGAAAUAGUUCAUUUUCAAUAGAAAUAAAGUUAAGAUUGAAAAUAAAGACGACUUAAAAGUUAAAAUACUUUUUCAACAUUUCUUAAUUUUUCUGUCAGUAAAAUAGAUUUCUGUGUGACUUAUAUGCAUGUACACAUGUACGAAUAUAAAUAUAUUUAUUUAGUAUUGUACAUGUAAUAUUCCUCUAUUGUAAUAUAUUAUAUGUCUUUUGUAGAUUUGAAUUAGAUUAG